GUUACUUUUUUUGACGGUAACAAUUUUCUAACCUCAUUUUGAUGUAAACAAGUAAAUUAAAUGUGUUAAAUAUCUUUAAAAAUGUUCAAAAACACAUUUCAAAGUGGCUUUCUUUCAAUUUUAUAUAGCAUAGGUAGUAAACCCUUACAAAUAUGGGACAAGAAGACUAAAAAUGGGCACAUAAAACGUAUUACAGACGAAGAUAUUCAAUCUCUUGUAUUAGAAUUGGUUGGUUGUAAUGUAAGUACGACUUACAUUACAUGUCCGGCAGAUCCCAAGCAAUCGUUAAGCAUCAAAUUACCCUUUCUUGUGAUGAUAGUAAAAAAUUUAAAGAAAUAUUUUACUUUUGAAGUACAGAUCCUUGAUGAUAAGAAUGUACGUAGAAGAUUCAGAGCUAGUAACUACCAAUCAACAACACGAGUAAAGCCUUUUAUUUGCACCAUGCCGAUGAGGCUGGAUGAGGGAUGGAACCAAAUACAGUUUAAUGUAGCAGAUUUUACUAGACGUGCAUAUGGAACCAAUUAUGUGGAAACCUUGAGGGUUCAAGUACAUGCUAAUUGCCGAAUAAGGCGAGUUUAUUUCUCUGAUAGACUGUAUUCUGAGGAUGAGUUACCAGCUGAGUUUAAAUUAUUUUUACCCAUACAAAAUAAGACAAGAACGGCUGUUACUACCAACUAAAUUGGGUUUAUAUUAAAUUGACUAAAUUGUGGUGUAAUUUUAUGUGAAUAUAAUGUAUGAAUUAAGUAUUUCUUUUUUAAUAAAAC